AUGGGCCUCAUACGUAAACCAUCCAUUACAGAAUAUUGGAACACCAAAUUUAAAAGUCAGGAUACUGUUUGGUUUCGUAACAUGUUUUCUAGAAAUCGAUUUCAGAGCAUUUUGAAAUUUUUUCAUAUCGUAGAUAAUAAUACAAUACCGAAUCGGAACGACGAUAAUUAUUCACCUACAUCAACAUUUCAGUGCUUUGUUGAUCUUUUUAAUCGACAGUCGAAACACCAUUACAUUCCAAAACAGAACCUAAGUAUUGACGAAAGCUUAAUCGCAUCUAAAGGCCGGUCAUCAAUAAUACAAUAUAUUUCUUCAAAAGCGGCAAAAUUUGGAGUCAAACUUUGGGUAUUAGCCGAGGCCGUCAGUGGCUAUAUUUGUCAAAUCAGUGUUUACAAAGGCAAACAAUAUGACCCAACACCACAAGGAAUGUUACAGGGUGCUUACGUAGUCAACAAACUGUUAGAUGCCGCAGGAUUGUUUAACAAAGCUUAUCAUUUAUUUACUGACAGUUUUUUCUCCUCAAUUAAUCUGGCUAAAGAGCUUUUAGCAAAAGGAACAUUGUUCACUGGAACAUUACGCGCUAAUCGGCAAAUGCCAAACACAAUCAAGAAUCCUGUUUUGCAGGAAAAGGAGAGCAUUUAUAUUAGACAAGGAAGAAUUCUGUUAUGUGCAUAUAAAGAAAGGAAUGGUCGAAAACCAGUUAGAAUCAUAUCCUCUUUUUCUAAAGCAGCACACAAGAAAAUGAUAAACCGGCUUUGA